AUGUUAUCGUUCUUCUCUAAGCUGUCUUUAAACAGCACUCAGAAGUCCUCUGUAGAAUUAGCUAAGCCUGCUUUUAUGGACAAAAGUGCAAGUUUGCAAGAGCUCGGGUACAAAGACGACAAUGAGUUGAGAGAGACAAUAUAUGACUUUUUGAGGACAAUACGAGAUCCGGAAAAACCUAGUACAUUGGAGGACCUAAAGGUCGUGUAUGAGGACGGAAUCUUCGUGAAGGAACCGACAGCAGACAAAGUUCCUGUACUCAGAGUAGAGUAUAAUCCAACCGUGCCGCAUUGUUCACUAGCUACGCUUAUUGGCCUUUGCAUUAGGAUCAAAAUUCUUCGUUCCUUGCAUCAUCCUAUUAAACUCGAUGUCUUUAUUAAGAAAGGAGCGCACACUACCGAAGAUGAAAUCAACAAACAAAUCAAUGACAAAGAGCGGAUUGCAGCCGCAAUGGAGAACCCCAAUUUAAGGAACCUCGUCGAGAAUUGUAUCGCCGAAGAGGAAUAG